AAGCUUUUCCGUCAGAAAGCCGUGCACGUGCACCGGCGUCUCCUCGUUACCAUAGCGACUGGGCGCCGGGCCCCCAGGUCCUCGCUGCUUUGUCAACAUCUUUUAGCAUCAGCAGCUCCGAAGGCCGGCGUAACUGAUAGGAAUUGUGUGAAAGAAUCUUCUGAUGUCAUAAUUUCUUGGUGUCACUGAACAUUUGAUCAUCAUCCCUUUGGCAAUUCCAGUCUUCUAUGGAAGGUUUUCAGUGAAUUAUGCCUUUUCGGUUUGGGACCCAGCCAUGGAGGUUUCCAGUGGAAGGAGGAGAUUCUUCAAUCGGGCUGGAACCUGGGCUGACCUCCAGUGCUGCCUGUAAUGGGAAGGAGAUGUCACCAGCCAGGCAACUCCGAAGAUGCCCUGGAAGUCAUUGCCUGACAAUAACUGAUGUUCCCAUCACGGUCUAUGCAACAAUGCGAAAGCCACCUGCACAAAGCAGCAAGGAAAUGAAUCCUAAAUAGCAUCAUUAAGUCUUUCAUGGAGGUUUGACUAGGUCAAGGGUAGUGGGGCAGUAUCAUCACAUGAUCUGGUAAACAAAUAAAAGUGGUGGCACCUUUGGAUGAUGACAACAGCUGAAAUGUUUACUUUUAGUAGGAAAAUAUUGAAUCGUAGUGUAUAAAACAUGUAGUAAUAAGCCAUCAGUUAUUUUUGAUAGAUAAGACAGAAUAAUAUUUCACAAUUAGAUAGUACCUUAGAGAUUAUUUUGCUCACCGUGGACCAGUAAUAACAAUAAUUCAAGAUGCUUAAUCCACCUUGAUUAUCAAUCAAGAAGGGUCCAUUCUAAAUGCUUAAUGUGUUGUAGACCAGGUUCCUUUGUUUAUAUUUGGGUUGGUACUUAGCUGAAUUCUUUCACUUGAAUAUCCUGAGCCAAUUUUAGGUUUGAUUUCUUUUGAUAAUGCUGAUAAUAGAGCUUAGUCCAAGACCAAAGAAAGUUCUUAGUCCAUGGUUAAUCUGCAAAGCAUACAUAUAAAGUGCGUAUGGGAACUCAGGUUGUUGGUUAAAUUUAUUAUAAUGAGUUCAAGGCUAUAUUUCUAAUCCCAUUUUUCCAAAAAAAGUAAUGGCCCAUCGUAAACACUGUACCUGAAGUUCCUGCCAGUCAUUUUGAAAUUGUCUAUAAUGGGUAUUGAGAAACUUCAAAUGGAUCUUUUUGUUUGAUUAGACUUAAGGAUCAGUUUUGAGAUCUAAGCCAGCUCUUUAUGUUCUUUUUUUCCUUCUUGCAAUAUUCCCAAGAAACAACCUGCUUUCUUUUCCUUUAGAUGGUUGCCACCAUCCAGCCCAUGAAAUUGUCUUCUCCAAAAACUGACUUUAGCGUCAGAUACAGUUUCUUGUCCACUUUGUUGUUCCUGAAGAUAUACAUCUAAGCCUUUUAAAAUGAAAGUUAUAUUACUGUAUAAUUACAUGGAGAUAGAUGCAUGUGUACUACAUAAGGUGAAAAAGAAAAACUGCCAAGGAUUUAUAAAUGGAAAGAUUCUGAGAGUUUUAUAUAUCAUAUAUUAAUAAUAAUAAUAUAUAAUAAUAUAUGUAUAAACUGGAAAACUUCACACAGUGCUGGGAGGUGUUGGAAUUCUGAUCAAUCAGAAUAGGAAGACCUUGUUAUACAUAUGGGGUAUUGAGUAGAGAGACCUCAGAAAAGUCUUGUCUUAGUAGGAAGUAUAAACUAACACUAGACUAAAAGCUAAUGUACACCAACUUUAAUAAAGCUUAAAAAUAAAAUUUGAGAGAAUCAAGGUGAUCCCCAAUUAAUUUAUUUGCCAAAUAAAAGUUUAAUACUCUUUAAAGGAAGAGAACAAAAAGGAAAUUGCCCAAGGCUGGGGAAAGAAUAACAGGACAGGAGAAGUGAUUAAAAAUUUCUCAGAGCUCAUAUAAGGCUAGGAAUAAUUUAUGUUUUAACCAUAGUAGAAAAAUCUUUUAAUACAUGUAGCAUUGAGUAGAGUUUUCAGCAUGAUAUUAUUUCAGUGGGGGUGGCUGUGGGAUGCAGGGAUAGGAAUAGCUUUAGACUGAAAGUGGCUCUGGACCUGCAUUAUCAAAGCUUAAGAGUAAAACUUGAAAGGACCAAACUGAUUCCAAGUAACUGAAUUGCAUCCAAGAAGGGAAAAAAAGAAAAAAACUCUAAAUGUAAAAAACUACAGUAAAGUCCAGCACCAAAGAUGUAAAAUUGACAAUAAAAAAUUACCAUACAUGCAAAAAGGAAGGAAUAUAUAAUCCAUAGUUUAGAGAAUCUGUCAGUAGAAAUAGACUCAGAAUGACAGAUGAUAGCAUUAGCAGAGAAGCUACUACAAAUAUUCCAGUAGUAGAUGAAAUCAUCAUCAUAAUGAGGAGAGAAAUGGAAGGUAUAAAAAAAGACCCAAGUUGAACUUCUAGAAAUGAAAAAUACAAUAUCUGAAAUAAAAAUAUGAACUGAAUUGGAUUAAGAACAGAUUAGAUACUGGAGAAGAAAAGAUUAAUGAACUUGAAGACAUAAGUUAUACAAAUUAUCCAAAAUGUAGUACAAAAAAACAAAAGGGGCUGAAAUGAUAUAUGAAUUUUGUAUUUCAGUAUAAAGCAGUUAUAUACAUGUAAGUGGCUUCCAAGAAGGAGAAAGGAGGAAGAUAGAAAAAUAUUUAAAGAAAUAAUGGCCAUAUUUUUUUCCCAUAUUUGAUACUUAGCCAACACCAUGGAGAAGAAACAUGAAAAGAAAACAAAAAAUUAAAUUGUCUGAAAUUAAACUAAAUAACUAAUUUUCUGAAAACCAGGGAUAGAGACAAUCCUAAAACCUGACAGAGAAAAAUGACACAUUCAGAAGAACAAAAAUAAGAAUAAGAGCACAGUUUUCAUCAGAAAACAUGCAGGCAAGAGGGC